GACCCCUUGAAGUUUCAUUGAAUCGUGAAGAACGGUGGGGUUCUCAGAAAGGUGUCCGUGUGUUUCUGUGCUCCCAUCGAUUUGCACACCCGUGCCUGCGCACAUUCCCCAGAACCAUUUUCUCCACAAAUCUGUCAGCCUGUUGCGGGGUCUCUAGGCAGUGAUGUGGUGAGAUGGACGGGGCAUUAAGAUAUAGGGGCGAACGGGCUGCCACUCCUCCAGCCCCGAGUUCCGAAGAUGGCUAUGACACUAGUACUGCUCAAGAGAGCAGCAAGGGGGAUGCUUCUAGUAAGAUGCUUCGAUACUCGAAGAAGAAAUACCAGUCGCUGAAAGUGAGGGCAGUGUCCACGGUCAUCAUCAUUGCCAGCUUCUGCGUGAUCAUCUACCUGGGCCACGUGCCUCUGAUGCUGAUGAUCCUAGCUAUCCAGGGGGCAAUGGUGAGAGAGCUGUUCAAGCUGGCAGAGAAGUCACAGAGGGAGCAGACCAAGCCGGCCGGCCAUGGGCGGCUGCAGCAGUGGUACUUCUUCAUGGUGGCCGCAUUCUGGAUGUACUUCAGGUUCAUUCGGAACCAGCUGGUGGUGGAGAUCACAUCGAAUGCGCAGCUGGCACGCCUUUUUGGCUGGGCCUUGAAGAAGCACACCAUCCUCACCUUUGCCCUCUACACAGCUGGCUUUGUGUCCUUUGUGCUCAAGCUGGAGAAGGGCUGCUACCUGUACCAGUUUGGCAACUAUGCCUGGACGCACCUCAUCCUCCUCUUUGUCUUCAUUCCCUCGUCCUUCUUCGUGUCCAACAUCUUUGACGGCAUCAUCUGGUUCCUGCUGCCGUGCUCCCUCGUCAUUGCCAAUGACAUCUUUGCGUACCUCUCAGGGUUCUUCUUUGGGCGCACGCCGCUGAUAAAGCUGUCGCCGAAGAAGACAUGGGAGGGAUUUUUUGGGGGCCUGGUGCUGACGGUCAUCUCCUCCUGGUUCCUGGCAGAGUUCAUGUCCCGCUUCAAUUGGAUGAUCUGCCCACGCACAGAUCUAUCCAUGGGCUGGCUGAAGUGCAACCCGGAUGAGAUCUACGUCCCCAACAAGUUUGUGCUUUAUGACCUGCCCGAGUACCUGCCUGGCCCCCUGGCCGAUGUCACAAGGGCGCUGUCGCGCUACGUUCCCUCUGCCAUCGCUGAUUCCCUCGGCGGCCUCAGCGUUGUAGCACGCCCCAUGCAGCUGCAUGCAGUGGUCCUGGCGAUGUUUGCGUCGAUAAUAGCGCCCUUUGGUGGCUUCUUUGCGUCAGGCUUCAAGCGCGGGUUCAAGAUCAAGGACUUUGGCGACUCCAUUCCCGGCCACGGCGGCAUGACUGACCGCAUGGACUGCCAGGUGGUGAUGGCGAUGUUCAGCUACCUGUACUUCAACAGCUAUGUGGCCAGGGAGAUUGGGGUGACUGUCGGCAGCGUCCUCUCGUCUGCCAUGCAGCUGGACCCGGAUGAGCAGCUGGAGCUGUGGGGCCUGCUGGCCAACAUGCUGGCGGUGGAUGAGCUGGUGCCAGGUCAGCUGCUGGGCCACGUCGAACGCGCUGUGCUGGCCGGCCAACAGCGACUGGCGCGCUACCACCGGCCCCGAUGA